AUGAUUUCAUUAUUUAUACACGGGGAUUAUUUCAAGGACAGAGGUGCGUUUAGUGAUUAUGUUGUUUUCGACCCAAUUACUACCAUUAAAUAACCGAAAGGGGUUUUAAAAAGGGAACCACUUGAAGUUGGCGUGAAAUUUGCGGGUUUAAUUGAUACUUUGAAGGCUGCUUCGGUUAAUUUAGGACUUGCUACGAUUGGAUUAUCGUUCAAUCACAACCUUUCUAUCAAGGCUGACAAGAAAAAAAAGGCUUCUCAGUAUAUUUUACUUUGGGGUGGUGGUACUAAAACUGGUAUUUUAAUCCAAGUGACCAAGCUAGUUUAUGGCUUAAGGGUAAUCACCACUGCUUCACCAAAGCAUCAUGAUUUUUUAAGAUCAUUCGGCGCUGAUGCAGUUUUUGAUUAUCAUGAUUCUGAUGUAGUAGAUCAGAUCAAAAAGGUUGGUGGAGCUAACAUUCCCUAUGCAUUUGAUAUGGUUUUGAUUGACACGAGCUUUCAGCUGAUUUACGUCAGAAACCGAAGAAGUCAACUUUGA